CCUGGGCUUCCUACGCAGCAUGACCCUGGGAUGCCUUGCAUCGCACUACAACGGCAAUGCUGCAGAGGUUUCAACGCAAAGUGGCGCUGCUGCUCUUCUCGGCGCUCUCGUGCACUCACUUGUGGCAUGGGCAUUCCUUCGUAUAGACAACUACAAAGGGUUGGCAUGGGCUCAAUUCUACAUCGUCUUGUUCACGCUUGCGCCCACUCUCGCAUGCCUGUUCCCGGCCAGAGAACCGGAGAGCACUGAACACGAUGCCUCAAAACACGACCGCCAGAUCCCCAGACUUAUGCACAGGAAGUCGACGAAGGCGAUACAGUCAUUGCCCGGCAAGUUUGACGUACAGAGAAAUUUCGGUCUCGACAUCAUCGGCGAUUGCCUGCUAAUUGCGGGCUUGUUCCUCGUCUUCGCGUAUAUGGCCGUAUGGCCGAUCGCCUUUCCGCUCCUCCUAUCCAGUCGACCUCUGUACGAAUUUCCCGACUUCGCAGCAUACUGGCUGAUGGGCACAUUUGGGGCCGGCGCUCUCACUGCAGCGUUUUUUGCCCGUCCAUGGCCACGCCGGGCAUUAGGAGUCGUCAACACCUUCACUGCAGCAGCCAUCUUUGCGGGGUCUUUGCUGAUCAUUACCGCCUGGGUAGUCAACUUCUGGGUUUGGGGCAUCAUCGGCGUUUUAUAUGGCCUAUGUCUAGGUCCUCUCCUCGCCCUGCACAGGAAGGUUUUCGACCUGAUAUGUAAAUACUGGACGAAUAUGAGGCUCUUUCCGGAUGGUCUGGGUAUCGUCGCCUUUGGGGGCAUCAGUGUCGUCGGGCUGCUGAUAGAAAACCUAGGCAAUGGCUCGGUUGCAUUAACGGUGUCGGGAGUGGUCAUGCUCUUGGGUGGGUGCUGUAUGGCUGUUGGGCGGUGGUUGAAAUAUCCGACCAAGUACGUUGUCAUCUGAGUUUGUACUUGUGGCCUGCAUUCAUCAUCGAUGGAACAAGGCCAUGUUGGUCCUGGUCCUCUCGCAUAAUACUGCCACUUUCUUGACCUUGGAUAUACUUGCGUCACACGGUACGGCUGCUACAUGCUAUUGGAAGUAGUCAUCACUAUAACACCACUUAAGC